AGCUGUUGGCAGUGUAAAUUUGCGGUGCGAUUCAUGCCCAUUGGACACGGCCACAUUUGCUCGGCAUCCUCUACGAUCCAGACUGCCUACCAACCUGGCCAAAGGCGUUAGGUAUCUAAAAAGAAAAGAUAAAAGGAUGCCUCCUUCCAGGGGACUCGUUGUCUGCAUUUCUUGCUACAUUCAUUCAGUUUGUCUUCCAUCCCUGGCACAAUCACCAUGAAGCUCCCAAUCGUUCUUGCAGCUCUUACAGCACCUCUAAUCCAGGCGGCCCCCACACCAGCCUCCGAACUUACAACUCGCCAGACCAGACCGCGAGAGCUCAUCCAACCAGAACUCUACCCUGUCCUUCAACGCUACACCAGGUUCGCUGUAGCUUCUCUCUCAGCCUUUACCUAUAACCAAGGAAAAUGCCCUAGUCCACCUUUUCACUCUGUUCUCGUCCGAACGAUAAACUCAAUCGUAACCUCAACCCAAGUCGCUGUAUUCCAGGAUGACGCGGCAAAAGAACUGAUUGUGUCCUUCCCUGGCUCCGCCUCGCUCCAGGAUUUUAUCACCGAUUUUGCCUUUUUCCUGCAGCCCUUCACCAGUGCCACAGGCUGCACCAACUGUCAGGUCCAUGGGGGUCUCCUCCGAGCCUGGCGCUCCGUGCAACCUGGUCUCACAAAUGCGCUGGCGGAAUUAAAUGCACAAUUACCGGGUUACAAGGCGAUCAUCGUAGGCCACAGUCUGGGUGGUGGACUAGCCAGUCUCGCCUAUACGGAUCUCCGGGCUAACAACGUUUCCAUUGCAAAAGCGUACACAUUGGGGUCUCUGCGCGUGGGCAACCCAGCAUAUGCCGAUUUCACCGACCGCCUGGCUGGUGCGGACGACAAUAACUUGGGCGAGUUGCUGCGUAUCACGCAUGGGGUUGAUGGCGUGCCGAAUCUACCGUUCCAGGCGAUGGGAUUCCAGCAUACGCGUACGGAGAUUUACGAGGAAGACACCCAGCCUGUGAAUGGCACGCAGAGUCCUGAGACAACGUUUCGCUGUUUUGGUCAGGAGGCGAGUGAUUGUAUUAGGUUCAAAGCGGUGGGGUUCAUUAAUCAGGAUCAUCUGGUUUACACGGGGAUUAACAUGUCGGGGCCGGAGCAGUGUAAUAGCCAGGACUGAAGGAGAGGAAGAUGGAAGUGCAAAUGAAGUAAUGUGUAUGUGGUGUAUGUGGUGUUUGUACAUGUGGAAGCAACAGGGAAUGUAUAUAGG